UCCUUUAUCUUGUUCAUUCAAUAGACUUCUCGGGUAACAACCUCUCAGGAGAAAUACCUGAUAAUAUAACAAGCAUCUCUAAAUUAGUCAUCAUGAAUCUAUCAAUGAAUCAUCUGUCUGGAAGAAUUCCUACAAAAAUUGGUAAGUUACGCAUGUUAGAAUCACUUGAUCUCUCAAUGAAUGAGUUAUCUGGUCCUAUCCCUGAAAGCUUGUCUUCUUUGAACUUCUUAAGUCGCUUGAAUUUGUCAUUCAACAACUUGUCUGGGAAAAUUUCACAAGGAAAUCAACUUCAAACACUUAAUGACCCAUCUAUCUACGAAGGUAAUUCUUUACCCUGUGGGUCUCCUCUUUUAACCAAGUGUUCAGAGGAUGAAACUAAACCUACAGUAGCACCAAAUGGCGGUAACAGAGUAGCCGGCAAAUAUGGAAGGGGAAUUGAGUCAUUUUCAUUUUACAUUAGCAUGACAGCUGGGUUUAUUGUUGGAUUUUGGGGAGUUUGUGGCACACUGAUUAUCAAAACAUCAUGGAGACAAGCUUACUUUCGAAGCUUUGAUAAUUUGAAAGAAAAGGUUGUUGUGUUUGUUAUGAUCAAAUUUGUUCACUUACUAAGGAAGGUCAAGUCGGAGAGAAGUUGAGGCUGUGGGUAUUGGAGCUUUCCUUAAUAUGGAUCAAUUAUGUAUAUUAUGUUUUUCAUGUUGCUGUAAUAAUGUAUG